AUGUCCGAGGAGCCUCAGCUUCAGGAGUUCACAUUGAACGAUGAUAACGAACUGCGGUUUGAAGUAAGCUCCUCGAACGAUGUUAUACUUGAACUAUCAGAGGGUAGAGCUGAAAUUUUCGGAACAGAAUUGGAGUCUAUGAAAAAAUACAUUUUUCCAGCCUCGUCGCGAGUAGCCGUUUUUUCCUGGAAAGGUGCUCGACUAGAACUCACAGGACAGACAGUCAGUGCUUAUGUCGCAGAAAGGACGCCAAUGGUAAUUUAUUUGAACACUCAUGCAGCAUUGGAACAGAUAAGACAACACAACGAGGAAGUUUACAAAUCUAAGAGCGAUAAAUCUGAAUUCCCCAAAGGUCCUCGGAUAAUGAUAGUUGGGCCUACUGAUGUAGGGAAGACAACAGUGUGUCGACUUCUUUGCAAUUAUGCUGUUCGUCAAGGCAGAUCACCCAUUUUAGUAGACCUGGAUGUUGGACAAGGUGCCAUCUCUGUUCCCGGUACCAUAGGUGCACUAUUCCUACAACAGACCGCAGACGUUGUAGAAGGAUUUGACCAGUCCAAACCUCUCGUUUAUAAUUAUGGCUAUACCUCUCCAUCGGGCAAUCUACAACUCUAUGAUUCAUUAGUGAAAGAGUUAGCGGAAGAUAUUACUGAGAGAUGUAAACAAAGUAUGGAAGCAAGUAUAGGUGGUUUGGUUAUUAAUACAUGUGGAUGGGUCAAUGGAGAAGGUUAUCAAUGCAUAACGAAUGCAGCAGGGGCUUUCGAAGUUGAUGUUGUUGUUGUGAUUGAUCACGAAAGACUCUAUAAUGAAUUACAGAAAGAUUUGCCGCAGUUUGUUAAAAUUAUCCACCAACCGAAAUCUGGAGGAGUGGAAACGCGCUCGAGCGUCGCACGUAAAUCUCAAAGGAAUAACUCAAUACAUCGGUACUUCUAUGGAACGCGAUCUAACAAAUUCUAUCCGCAUACUUUCGAAAUGUCUUUCUCAGAAAUAAUAUUAUGCAAAAUAGGUACCGACAAGCUGCCUGAUUCUUGUCUACCUUUCGGAGUGAAGCAAGAUGAUCAUCAAACAAAGGUUGUGUUAGUACCACCAUCUGCCGAUCACAUUCAUAGGAUGUUCGCAGUUUCCCCGUGUCCCACCGUUUCUCAGGCGGUGGUUAAGGCUUCUGUUCUCGGUUUUGUGGUUAUCACGGAUAUCAACUUAGAGGAUAAGACAAUGACUGUCUUGAGCCCACAAGCGGCUUUGCCAUGUAAGGUUCUCGUAUGGACAGACGUGAAGUUUAUUGACGAUCAAAUAAAACGAUGA